AUGCUGCCAUUAUCACUUCUCAAUGCCGCGCAAAAUAAGCCUAUGCUGGUAGAGCUCAAGAAUGGCGAAACCUUCAACGGCCACUUGGUGAACUGUGACAACUUCAUGAACAUUACCCUACGAGAAGUAUAUCAAACGAGCGCAGAAGGCGACCGGUUCUGGAAAGUGAAGGAGUGCUACAUCCGGGGAAGCACGAUAAAGUACCUGCGAGUACCAGAUCAGCUGCUUGACGUUGUGAAAGAGGACCAAAACCGACAACGCGAGCAAUCGCGGAACAUGCGUGGAGGGCAUGCAGGUCCUGGUCGUGGGCGUGGUGGCAUGCAAACUCGGGGAGGUCGCGGAGGCCCUCGGGGAGGUCCACCGAUGCGUGGUGGACGCGGACGCGGGAGAGGUAUGUGA